AUGCAUGACCGAAUAAGAUUUAUAGUAAAUGGCAGCAAAGUGGGUCACUACUGCAGACAGUUCAAGCAUUGGCUAGAAUUACGAAUGGGAUUUUUUCGUCGAAGUAUCCAGAAUAAAGUAUCUUACAAACCUUGUAGCGGUCAGUGUUCUAUUCAGAAGGUAAACCGUAACCGUUGUCAGUAUUGUCGACUUCAACGAUGUCUUCAGGUUGGCAUGUCACGGAGUGCUGUGCGAUUUGGACGAGUGCCAAAAAAAGAGAAGCUUAAAAUGAUAGCAGUGAUGCAAGAAGCGAAGGAUCCUGGCGGAAGAACCGAUCCUAGCGGAAGAUCUUCUGGCUCUUUUCAAGUUGACCAGCCGCUCGAUUUGAGUUGCAAGCGUGACAGAAUGGAUGAGAAUAUUGCGUUGAUGAACCGGCUUCAUAGUGAUGAGGGUCUUGCUAAUCCAAAUGGCGGGUUUGGUACCCAUCAAUACAGACAUGUUUCCAAACUUGGUCUGACUAGUAGUUCCGGUAUGACUGUACCCAUCGCCAUUCCGUAUUUGGAUGUUGCAGAAGUCAAUGGCACUGGAAUAAUGCCUCUUAACUCUCGUAAAAAUCAGCAAGUGCCACAGACAUCGCAAACCGUAUCCAGUCUAACCGCCACUUCUCCCAGUACAUAUGGGAAAGGCCAAAGUCUGCCAUCUGGUGGUUACUCAGAUGUUUCACCAUUUUUACCAAUAUUCGGUUUAGGAGUUGACAGAUUGAAUAAUCUAAGUCAUUGUGAUUCAACAAUUGUAAAAUUGAAUAGCAAAGAAUUUCAGAACUCGUCACCUUUGACGCCAAGGGACGAACAAGUGCAAUCACCCACCGUUGUAACGGAGGAAAAUGGCACACAUGACAAUGUAAACCCUAAAAUUACAUAUGUUCCUCUUUGGAGUAAAGAAGGCUCCAAUGUAUCAGAAAUCAAGCAGGAAACAGUAGACGGAAAAUAUGUUCUGAAACCUGGACAAACGGUGAACAGUAUAUUUAAAGAUACAAAAAUUGCAAAACCUAGUCGAAUUAUACAUUACACUGAAAAUAGUCAGUUGCAACUGCUAAAGAGGUUAAAGGAGUCUGAUUUUUGUGGCAACAGAGAGUUGCAUGAACAGUGUGUGAAGCUGACAACUAGCGUGUGCGACGUGCAUUCUUUAACGUCGUUCAAUCAACUUGAAAACUUGGAACGAAUUCUUCUUGCCGCAAUACAUCACAAUAUGAGGAACAUUCAGAAACAAAACAUUGGAAAGGCUGUUAAAAGAGAUAAUGAUGAACAUGAAGACUUCAGUGAUAGGUUCUCUCCAGCGAUCAACCAAAUAAUUGCAUUCUCCAAAGGGAUUCCUGGCUAUGCAUCUCUACAUCAUGAUGACCAGGUGUGCUUACUAAAAACCGGUUGUUUUGAAGUGGUUCUCCUACAACUGUGUUACCUGUUUGACACAAGUACUUUCACCCUUACCUUAAAUGGAACAGUCUAUUCAAAGAAUGAUUUUGUUCACAUGGGUCUUGACAUUUUAAUGAAUGCUAUGUUUGAUUUUGCAACUCAAGUGAACCGACUAAAACUAACAAAAGAGGAGAUGAUAAUGCUCCAGACGGCUGUCAUGAUAGCCAGUGACCGUCCAGGCCUGAAGAACAGUGACAUAAUCAAAGGCAUUCAGACAGACAUCCUAGCCACCCUCGAACACCUCCUCUCUCACAGUCACCCUAAGGAGUUCACCGUGUUCCCAUCCUGUAUUCAGAUUCUUUGGGGCCUUCGUAUCUUGAGUGAGCGUCAUGCUGAAACUUUACUUGCCUACCAACAACGGUAGAAUUGUAUAACAGUGCCCUCCAGGGGGCAGCAUAUAGGUUUUCUUCAAUUUCUAAUAGGCCUUUCUGUAUUGGAUUCGUUGAUAUUUUCAAAUUGUUUAAAUUCAAAUAAUUAUAUUGAUAAUAUAGCUAUAUCUGUUGCCUGUGAAUGUACAAUGACAUGUUCCAAAAAAAGGUUUGUGUUUAUCUAAACAGUAAGAGUUUUCUCUGAACUAGUCAAUCUUUGUUGUUCAUUAUAUUUAAAGAAUUGGCCAAGUAUCAUCCUAGUUUUAAGCCCUGUCUAGACUAGAGUUUAAAUAUUCAAACAUGUGACAUGCCUAAAUAUGGUCAUGAUGACAUCACAUCAUGUCUAUAUAUGGGCAUGCAACAAGUUUUUUGUCGAAGAAUAUUUUAUAAUCUGGACCAUGCCUGGA